UCCAGUAUCAAUUGUGAACACUCGAAAAUAACUCGCGAUGGCUUCCAAGAUUAUUGUUGCCGCGGCUUGCCUUUUAUCUUUGGCAAAUGCUGAAUUACAAGUCGUAAAUGGAAAAAUCAAAAUAACAACUGGAACGGGAGCAUUCUGUGGUGACACCGUUCAGUUUAUAUCACAACAUUUGGGACCAGCAUAUGAACAAUAUGGAGAGUUUUUGGAACUGGAGUUUAUUCCUUGGGGAAGAGCUACGUUGAAUGAGGAUGGAUCAGUUACUUGUACCUGGGGAACCAAUGACUGUUGGGCCAACCGUCUUCACAGGUGUGCUAUUGAUAUGUUAAAAGGCGAUCAAGAUGCUCAAAUGAGGUAUAUGUAUUGUGAGUUUACACAGCGUCCAGCGUGGCUACUCGGAAGUUACGCUUGUGCUGAACAAGUUCGUUUAAAUCUUAUUGCUGUAGAUUACUGUGUGAACAACCCUAAUCUGGACACGCUAGAUGCAGAUGCAGCUGCAGCUAUAGCCCCGGCGAUGGCAGCUGACGCGAUCAACUUUGUGCCAGCGAUUGUGUUUAAUGACCAAAUAGAUGCCGCUUUACAUAAUGAAGCUAGACAGCGGCUUGUGAGUAUGAUCUGCUUCGCGUUGGCUGAAAUACCUGACACUAACGUAACUGGGUGUUCUAUAUAAUAACUACAUUGAAAUAAAUAAAAGUUUUUUUUAUGUCAACAA